AGACCUGAAACACUGAGGAAAACUCUUCUGAUCAAUUGCCCCUCCCCCUCGCCCUCCCACUCCCCUCCCAAAAAGAAAGAAAGAAAAAAAAAAAAAAAAAAAAAAAAAAAAGAAGAAGAAGAAGAAGACGCAGACAAGAUCAUAAAUAGGAUCCUCUUGUCUGUCCUUGUGUAAAACAACACUCGCUCACUUUUUUCUCCCUUUGGUUGCAACGAUGGACAAUGGAGAGGAGUUCCAACACUACUGGGAGACCAACAGGUUCUACCAGACUGAUGAGCUUGACAUUUGGGUGGACGAGGCGAUCUCGGGGUACUACGACUCCAGCUCCCCAGACGGGGCGGCGUCGUCCUCGGCGGCGUCCAAGAACAUAGUCUCCGAGCGGAACCGGAGGAAGAAGCUCAACGAGAGGCUCUUCGCGCUGCGGGCCGUGGUCCCCAACAUCAGCAAGAUGGACAAGGCGUCGAUCAUUAAGGACGCGAUCGACUACAUACAGGAGCUGCACGAGCAGGAGAGGAGGAUACAGUCAGAGAUCAUGGAUCUGGAGGGUGGGGGGAACCGGAACUGCUCCAACAACACCGGAGGACUGGGCGGGGACGUCUACGGCGUUGACUUUGACCACGACCUCCCCCUCUACCUGAGAUCCAAGAAGAAGAGGACCGACCAACUGGGCUAUGAUUCCGGCGGUGGAUCCCGAAUUUCCCCCAUAGAAGACCUUGAACUAAGGGUGACAUACAUGGGGGAGAGGACAGUGGUGGUGAGCUUGACGUGCAGCAAGAGGACAGACACAAUGGUUAAGCUCUGCGAGGUCUUCGAGUCCUUAAAGCUCAAGAUCAUCACUGCCAACAUCACCGCUUUCUCCGGCAGGCUCUCCAAAACUGUCUUCAUCGAGGCAGACGAGGAGGAGAAAGAACAACUAAAAGCAAAAAUCGAGACCGCAAUUGCAGCUCUAAAUGACCCACAGAGCCCUAUGAGCAUGUAACGCCAACCGCGUUGGAGUUUAAUCAAUUGUGGGAAAGCCCGGAUUUUCUAGAAUAUUAACCUCACUCCUAUGGUGUUCGGAUGGAGAUGAUCACUACAUGAGAACAAUCGAAGAUCGUAUCAAAAAGCCCCACAUCGGUUAAUUAUGUUCUCAAACGUUGUAGUCGAUUGGGCCGCGCUUCAGUUACUGUAGAUUUUUCUUUUUCUUAAUGUUUCCUUGGGUGGUCAUCAAGUUCUCUGGUUGAAUUUCAACUUUGUAUCCAUCCCUUCUUCCUUAGUGAGAAGUCCCCUUUUCUUUUUCUCCUUUCCUUUUUCUUUUUUCCCUUUUAUUUGGGGGAUAAGUGAGGAGUCUAUGGUUUCUGUAAUUUGAUGAAGCUCCCAAGGCCCUGUGGUGUAGUCGGUUGGUUAAAAUGAUGUAACUUUCAGUUUACAUGAGGAAUUUAUUAUUACUAUACUAUUAUAAUUA